AUGACCCCACCUCCAACAGCCUUUUCCCCCGUACUUUCUGGGAAAUCAGACCCCAUUACUGCGCCAUCUCCAUCUUCCAUCAACCGUAGAUACUCCAAGACCCGUGGCUCCCCUGGUCCCACAAGCCCUUCCUUGGGGCCUGUGACUUCUGGAAUUAGUGGUCUUUCUCUUGGCCCGAGCUCAUUUUACAGAUCCAAAAGCUUUGGAAGCCAGGGUAGUAUUCCCGGGUCGGGCCACACGAGUGAUGGAGAGUCUGGGACCAAUCAUCAAUCCCACGCGCUCCCCAAAACAAGCAUUUUCCUCGACAAUCGGUUGCCGUCAGAGUACUUUAAACAAGACAUUCUUAAAAUCAUUCACCGUCUGCGGAUUCACCGUUGGAGCAAAUAUGUGGCGCCAGAAAUGGCUAAAGACCUACAAGUCACCCGCAUUUCGGGCGCUCUCACUAAUGCUGUAUACUGCGUUGCUCCACCUACCUAUAUUCGCGACGUGAUUAAAAUGGCACACAAGGCUUCCGUCAUUGCCGGAGUUGACCAGUACACUGGUCAUUCUGUUCCGUUUUCUCCAGAUGCUAACGCCGUUGCAAAGGAAAGAGAAGAAGUGGCUGAAGCUAUUGCUGCAGCUUCGGGCCCUAACACUACCUCUGAAGACUCGGGUUACGUUUCUUCGAUUUCCGUUUCUUCUUCUGCCAUUACAAAAAAAAUCCCCCCCAAGUUGCUUUUAAGAGUUUAUGGACCUCACGUGGAAAACUUAAUCGACCGACAGUCGGAACUUAGCGUGAUUUCACGGUUGUCUCGACGUCAUAUUGGUCCCAAGCUCUUGGGCAUUUUUGCCAAUGGCCGAUUUGAACAGUUUCUAGAGGCAACUACCCUCACCAAGGACGAUGUUAGAGAUCCAGAUGUUUCAAUUCAAAUUGCAAAGCGUAUGCGCGAGUUGCACGACUUGGUGAAACUCGAGGAAGAAGAAGAGCGUGCACUAGGUCCCUGUGCAUUUACCAACAUUACCAAGUGGGUGGGUCCCGCCCGUGAAAAGCUCAUUGCAUUACAAAAGCAACCCCAAUACCAAGGCAAAAACAUCUUUAAGGAAAUUCUUGGAACUGAAACUUUUGAUGAGUUUGAAGAGGCUAUUAACAAAUACAAGACUUGGCUAGAAAAACAAUAUGCACCCAAGGUUGAUGACCCUAAAGCUUUGGCUUUAGGUCAAGAGCAAAUUAAAAAGGAACUUGUUUUUUCACACAAUGACACUCAAUACGGUAACUUGUUGCGCAUUUUGCCCCCUCCUGGAUCACCUUUACUUUCCCCAGCUUUUGAACACAGACAAAUUGUUGUCAUUGACUUUGAGUAUAGUGGGGCUAACACUCGCGGAUACGAUAUUGUAAACCACUUUUGUGAGUGGAUGUCAGACUACCUGAGUACAGAAAAACCAUGGAAAAUUCACCACACAAAAUAUCCUACACGGGCACAACGACGCAACUUGAUUCAGGGAUAUGCUGAACAUGGGUAUUCGAUUCGUGCCAAACAAGACAAGUCGAGCUCAGUCUUUUUUGAUGACGAGGCCAUUGAAGCUGAAGUGGAAGCUCUUGAACAAGAAUCAAUGAACUGGCGUGCUGCCGUCAGUGCCCAUUGGGCCAUUUGGGGUCUUGUUCAGGCGGUUAUUGAUGCGUCGGCAGAUGCCAAAAUGCGCGAGGAUAUGGUGACUUCUGAGGGCUACAAGUUUGAAGAUGCUACUAAGGACGAGGGAAGCGACGAAGAUGAAGCUGAGGAAGAAGAAGACGCUUUUGACUAUGUGCUUUAUGCUAAGGAAAAAAUUGAUCUCUUUUGGGGUGACUUGAUCAAGCUGGGAAUUGUUACUACUGAAACAUACUCGGGUCCUUAUGUUCAAAUUGCUAAUGAUGAAUAG